AUGGUGACAGCGCCCGUUCCGUCAAAACUCACUGCACGCUUAGGCUGCCCGCCUAAACGGACGCUAAUUACAGGAAACCAUUCCCAGGCCCGUAACCGUGCUAAGACAGCAGUCAAAACAAUAAUCCGUUCAAGCGAGGCAGACGAACCCAAAGGCAAGUGUGUGGCAGGUGGCGAUGGAGGCCUUAGCGGCAUAUUCAAUCAAUUCAUCUCCCUCAAGGGGAUCAAGUCGCCUGCGGCUGCGGUGCAGCAGCUGAACCCAUCCCCGUUGCUGCCUCCAACGGCGGCUCUGGAGCAGGCGAUGACGAUGCUGCAGUGCAACGACUGGCCGGAGCCCGACUCCGGGGUGCAGGCGGCAUUCAACUUCACGAUACCCGCCGCCGAGGGACCUGAGGCGGGUGCCGUGCGAAGUUGGAUGGCUGGAGAGGAGUGGCUGUCCUGGCCGCGCUUUCAUGCCAUGCUGCAUGUGUCGUACAACCCGCUAAUCAACUGUGACCAGUGGCGUGUAGUGUCGCCGCUGGUGUUCCCGAGCGAGCGGUACGACAACAAGGCCGUACAGGCAGUGGAAGUGCGGUCGCGGCCGCGCCAGCCAUGGCAACCGGAGGCGGAGCGGUCUAAUUGCAGCCGCACGGGUAGUGGCACCGAAACCAGGUCCACCAGUAGCGCACUUCGAUCGUACACAUACACGUUUUGUUGGGAGCGCGUGGAGAGCGGUGCUUUCAAGGACUGCUGGCUCAUAUCAGGCGUCCGUGUUGGGAACUACGCGCUUUGA